CCGGUCCAACGUCGCUGCUUUGACCUACAAAUACUACCCGAAUUAAAUACUUCAUGUGGCCUGAAAGUGAAUUGUGAUGUGAUUGUGUGUGAUAUUGACACAGUACUUACGGAAGAUAUAAAUAUACCAUCCUUUAGUUAUUACCUAGGUACUUACCGCUUAAACGGCGUGCAUGCUUCAAAUAUAAAUGUGAAGUUAUGUCAUUUCAUUGCUAUUUUAAAAUCAUGGAUGAUACAUUUGUGAAAAAAUGAAUGACGGUACCAGAAGAGCCCUAACAGGCUCCAUACAUAAGAUACGAGAAUUCGAGCUAGAAAAAGUAUGUUUAGUGGAAGAAUUCGAUAUUUUACAAAUAGUCGGCGAAGGAUGGUUCGGAAAAAUUCUUCUCGUUGAACAUAGAGCGUCUGAUACUGAGAUAGUUCUGAAAGCUCUCCCAAAACCUUAUGUUUCUAUUCGUGACUUCUACCGGGAAUUCCAUUAUAGCUUACAUUUAAGCGCUCAUAGAAAUAUUGUAACUACAUUCGACGUUGCAUUUGAAACCGCCGGCUUCUAUGUUUUCUGCCAAGAAUAUGCUCCCCUCGGUGACCUCACUUCUAAUAUGUUGGAUACUGGGAUUGGAGAAAUACACACGAAAAGAGUGGCAAAACAACUAGCAGCAGCAUUAGAACAUCUACAUCAAAGAGAUCUUGUACAUCGAGAUGUUAAGUUAGAUAACAUACUUGUAUUCAAAUCAGACUUUUCUAGAAUCAAAUUAUGUGAUUUCGGCGAAACUAGAAAAGUUAAUUCAGUUGUAAGACGAAGAAAUGAAUGGUUGCCCUACUCUCCACCUGAAGUUUUAAACUUAUCGAUGGACAGUUCGUACAAGGCAUUAAUUAGCCAUGACAUUUGGCAAUUUGGAAUAGUGAUAUUCAUUUGCCUGACUGGAUGUUUACCCUGGCAGAAAGCUGCUUUUGACGACCCGAGAUAUUUAAGUUUUUUCAACUGGUAUAAUAGCGCAAAUCCAUUAAAAAGACAACCAAAAUUAUGGAAAAUGGUUUCUUCGAGAGCGCAGAAAAUGUUUAAAAAAUUCGUUGAACCCAGGGUUGACAAAAGAGCCACUAAUUUCAAUGAAAUUACUCGAUACUACGAUUAUAGAUGGAUGGCGAAAGGAUACACAGACAGAGUUGCUGGAGGCGACAUUGACGAAUUGUGCCCAUCAAUGUACAGUUUCCAUAGCGAUCCGAAUGAAAAGAAUAUCUUAUUGAAACAUUUUAGAGAUAACGGAAUAGAAACAACUGUUGAUAGACAAGCUAAGAAACAAAGGAUAAAAGAAUGGAUUCAAAAUAGCGUCAUAGAAGAAGUAGACGAGGAGGAGGAGAGUAAUCAUGAACCUAGUGUUUACGAUGACAGUGAUGUAGAAUUAGAAGAUAGAUCCAGACCACAUCCAAUUGAUGAGAGUCAUCGAGUUACUCUGCGGUUUGACACAGAAAAACAUAUUAACCCACGAACUGGUGAAGUUAUUGAAGGUGUUAGAAGAGCCUCAGAAAAAAAUCCACUUUCUUAUGACGUACAAAAUAUAGAACCAGUGGCACCUGCGAAUGUUGUAAGGCGUUAUGGUAUUAAAGAAGAUAAUUCGCCGCAAAGCUCUACCAAGGAUAGUGCUUACGGAUCUUUAGAAACAUCAGGGACUAAAAACAAAGAGAAUAAACAAACGCCAUCUAUUGAUAGGGUAUCCAAUCAUUCGCCAAGUAGAUCGUUAAGUGCAAUAUCUCUACCGCAAAGCAAAAUACCCCUGUCCACUCACGCUCAAAGAUUCCAAAAAAGUGAAGAAGUAUUUUCCAAAGAAUUGGAGAAUAUGAAAGGAAGUUCUUCAACUAUACAUUCUUUAGCAAAUUCGUCCAGAUCCAAUAGUAUUCAAGUAACACGAAAUGGUUCCUUAGAUAGCGCAAACACGAAAGAUAUUCCUCAAGAAAAUGAUCUUUUUGAAUCAAACAAGAAACCGAGCAACCCUGUUAUUACACAAAAUGGCUUUAGCCCUGGUGGAAAAGUAGCUGAGAAAGAGACACAACCGUAUAUAUCCAUGAAAAAGUCAGUUUACGAAAUCGUCAGUAAUCGCAGUGAUGUUGGAAAUAAUAACAAAAUAGAUAGUCAAUUAAAUAAUACUAACACACCGGAUAGUCCUUACACAUCAAUGCUAAAUAUUGUUCAAGGACAAAUGAAAAUAAGCCCUCACGCUAAAGAAAGUAAUAUAAAUAUUGUGAACGUUUCUAUUACAAAGAUGAAUAGAAAGAAAUUGUGAUAUUUGCUCAAAUAUGUUAUAAAUUAAAGGGAAUAAAAUAUUUAAAACAUAACUUUAUCUAUAACACAUAAAAGACAGUAUAAUCUUGUUAUUUGAAUGUGAACAUCAAGGACUGCAAUCUAUAUUAUGUACAUAAUUUACGUAUUUUAAUGAAGUAGCAUGAUAAUGAACUUAAUUAACUGUUAAAAUAAUAAUCCAUUUUAUUAAUUAUUUAUUUUUUGUCUAAAUGGAUAGGUUACAAAAUAAUUUACGAACAUACCUAUAUAAUAUAUCUUUGGAAUAAU